AUGAGCACAGCUGCAGCCGGGGGUGACCCUAAUCCUAUCAAGGGAGAAGGUCUCUUCCUCGCCCUAAGGUCAGGUUUUUCAAAGGCUCGAGCUCCCGAUGGAGGGAUUCUCUGCGAGCCGUUGGCCGACGUCGCGACGACGAUAAUUCCCGUAUACGACACCUUCUUCGGUGCCGGGAUGGUCGCGAAUGUUUUGAAGAAAGAUCUCAAAAACUCGAGCACGAAGUUGAAGGAAGCAGUCGAGAGGGAGCGAGCUGCGGAACCUGAUGUCGGGCCCGUGACGGUAGAAAUGAUGAUUUCGUACGAGAUAAAGAAGAACGGGGUUGCGUUCUUGCGGAAAGAUGCAAACAACGGAGUCAAGAAUCUGCUGUGGAUGAAACGGGCCUUGGACUUUAUCGUUGGAUUCCUUGAAAACGUCAUUUUUAAGAUGAAAGACAAAACUGCAAAGGAGUGUGCCACGGAGGUUUACCAAUGCGUCCUCAAACCGUACCACGGCUUCAUGGUUUCGAACGUUGUCUCUUUGGCUUUCAAUCUUUGCCCGAGCCGGGAAGAUCUAUGCAAAAAGCUCGGUUUCGAAGACGAAGCCAGCAUCGAAGCCCACGCGAGAGAGCUGUCGGAAGUCUGCAGGCCACUACUCGACGACAUUUCUGAUAAGCUGGAGAAAUAUGGUUGCAACUUCCCGGACAAAGCCUGA